AUGUCAUCCAAAACUCUAGCUACUCAACUUGAAACACCUCGUCCAUUCCCAGAAACUUCAGACAAUGCCCUGGAUUUGUUCUCGUUAAAGGGGAAAGUUGCAUCAAUCACAGGUUCUUCAACAGGUAUUGGGUUAGAAGUUGCAAAUGCUUUUGCUCAAGCUGGUGCAGAUGUUGCCAUUUGGUAUAAUUCCCAUCCUGCUGAUGAAAUUGCUGAGGAAAUUUCUCAAAAAUAUGGUGUCCGUGCAAAAGCUUAUAAAGUUUCAUUAACAAAUUUCGAAUCUAUACAAUCUUCAAUUGAUCAAAUCGAAAAAGAUUUCGGUACAAUUGAUAUCUUUGUUUCAAAUGCUGGUAAAGCCUGGACCGGUGGUUCUUUAUUAGAUCAAGAGGAUGAUAAAGAAUGGAGAGAUGUUAUUGAUUUAGAUUUGAAUUCAAUUUAUUAUUUAUCAAAAGCAAUUGGGAAAAUUUUUAAAAAAAAUGGUAAAGGUUCUUAUAUCAUUACUGCUUCAAUGUCUGGUCAUAUAGUUAAUGUUCCUCAAAUGCAAAGUGGUUAUAACGCUGCUAAAGCUGCUGUAUUACAUUUUGCUAAAUCUUUAGCUGUGGAAUGGUCAGGUUUUGCAAGAGUUAAUACUGUUUCUCCAGGUUAUAUUGCUACUGAAUUGACAAAAUUCGCUGAUGCUGAUUUGAAGAAAAUAUGGUGGUCUUUAAUCCCAAUGGGGAGAGAAGCUUUACCAAAAGAAUUGGUUGGUGCUUAUCUAUAUUUAGCUUCUGAUGCUGCUUCAUACACUACAGGUACAGAUAUUAGAGUCGAUGGUGGUUAUACUGCACUAUAG